AUGAGACCGCAGCAACGUGGGUCGCCGCAGCCGACGUCGCCACUGCCUUUCCAGCGUGCCGUUGAGGUGUCGGAGGAGCUGCUGAAGGAUAAGACCGCGCAGGAGCGGCAGGCCAUCACGCGUGGGUACCUUGCCCAGUGGCGGCUUGAGGAGAAGGAGCGGCCCGUCAUUGAGCGGAUGGUGCAGCAGAAGAUGGCUGAAGGCGCCGGGCAGUCGCCGUGGAGGCCGCGCGUCUCGCCACCUGCACCCCCGCGGUCUUUACAAAGGCGCGACGCCACUGCAGCCCCGCUGCGGGUGCGGCUGCCGAAAUUACUUAUGCGGUCGCUGCCUUCACUGCGUGCGGCGAAAUCCCCGACGUUGCUGGACUCGUGUUGCUGUGCUACGCCGUCACCCCUGCCUUCGCAGAUAAUGUCGCCCACCGCCACCAUCACAACUGCCGCAUCCGCAACGGUGAACACGACGACGAUGCCGGGGCCAGCCCACACCCGCACCUACUUUCAGCUGGAGGACUUUGACAACACGGAUUUUGAAAUCCACACCCCACAGGAAUGGGUCUUGCUCGGCAAGAAGGACGGCGGCACCCCGGCCCGCUCACGCUACUUUGACAAGAAGACCAAUGAGGUGCAGUGGCUCCCGUGCCAUGUUGUCGCGUACGACGAGGAGAGGAGCUGUUAUCAAAUUGUCUGGGCGUCUAACGGCUGCAGCAAGUGGACAAAACGACUCAACAUAAUUUUUGACGCAGAAGACGAAACACUGUGGCACGAGCGUGUGCGACAGGCGAUGGCUUACCGGGCCGAGACAGAGGCCGCAUUGCGGGGACGGAUGUACGUGCAGGCCAUUGACGGCAGCUGCAUUGCUCCGAUGGACCAGGAUCAGAUGGAUCGCAUCCUGGGCCUGGUGGCAGGGAGCUUCCCUCUGACUUCCCUGCACCUUGUGGAGCAGUGCACGCGCGAGGUUGAAGAGCUCUACUACUUCAGCCUGAAGCGUGCGCAGCACUGGCGCGAGAUGGCAGGUCCCGAGGAGCAGCGACGCGCGGAGGUGCUGGGUUUACCGCCGCCGCCGUCGUCACUAUUUGCGUCCUCUACGGCGCUUCCGGCUACGGGCGUGGGUGAGCCGCGGGCAAGUCUGCUGUGUGGCACAAUAGAAACACCCUCGCCAAACUUCCACGUGUCACGGGAGUUUAUUGCGGAGAAUUUAUUCCAAACGCAUGCAUUGCUGCGCGAUACGGUGUACGCCGUUCAUACCCAGUGGAACGAGUAUAAUGGGGAGCUGCUGUGCAUCACACAGUGGGACCGUCGGGAGACCCCGAUGGAGCUACGCAACUUUGAGGAGCUUCAGGCGCACCGAGGAUUCAGUGUCUCGGAGAAGUUGCACGGUGAGUGGAGCAUUAACAUUCGUUGCACCAUCCAAAACAACCUUGACCUGCACUUCAAGUUCUACGAGGACAACCUGGAGCGGUACACCGCCAGCCGCAUGUGCCGCUUUGUGAAUCUAGUGAACGUCAUGAUGACGUCGCAGCUGCGCGAGUUGCUGCUCACGUCCUUGCAGGAGUUUGCCGCCUUCAUCCACCGCUACCGCGUUGAGCCACGCAUCGAUGACACCCCGAUGGACGAACUGCAGGAGGACCUGGAGGAGUCGGAGCACUGGCGCCACCGUCAGGAGGAGUGGGAAGAGAAGCAGCGCGCCGCCAUGGCGAAGGCUGAGGCGGAGCGCAUCCGCAACGUGGGUGGUGGUGGUGGUGGUGGUGGUGGGCGCGGUCGACAACAAAAGAAAGUUAUCCUGCCCCCCGAGGAGGAGAAGAAGGAUGUGCCGUUUGUCUGGCGCCUCGGGACGUUUCGCAACCACCUGCGGUACACGAAGCGUGUAGUGGAGAUGACGAUGAAUCCGAAGGGGUUGCGUCCACUGUUUGUGUUGAACCUUGUGGAGGACGCCGGCCGGGUCGCCUUCUCUCCCUCGCUGGAUGACGUUUCGCGGAAGGUCAAGGCCGUGUUUGAGGGUUGCUUUGAGCAUGCCGAGCAAAUUCACGGGAUGGGGGACCAACUGUUCCCGCUGCUUCCGCUGCAGCCGCGGAUGCUGAGGCCGCUUGACGUCUCGGACCCGGCCGUGUGUGAAGCACGAUCAAUGGUGGAGAAGGCGCUGAGCGACAACGUGGAGGCCCCGCUGCAGCUGCAGCAGAUGUACCAGACCUUUGGGUACGUCCUGCAGCAGGACACGCAGGCGUUGGUGGCGGAGGCGAACGCGCGGCAGUUGACGUUGCUAGACUUUGACUGGAUCUUUGAGCGCCUCUCUCGCGACAGGGAGCGCAUCGCGCGGCGAACGCCAAACCAUGUAAGGUAUGAGAUGUUCCUGAUUGAUUGCAAGGGCAUCAAGGCCUCCCUCAUUGCGAAGUCGACGGAGCUUCAAAAUGCCUUGAUGAAGGCGCUGGCGGAGCGCCUGCGGAACACUUGUUCGGCGAUGAUCAGCGAGUACAACACGAUGAGUGCCCGCAUGUCCGGGGAGCCGCAGUCGCCGGAGGAGCUGCAGGAGUUCCGCGACUUCCUCGACGGCAUCCCGGCCCGGCAGGAGCAGCUCAAUGCCACCUUUGAGACCCUCACUGAGGGCGUUGACCUCCUCUUCAAGUACAAUUACGAGUUUUCCGCCACAGCCUGCAAUGACUACCGCACUGCGUACGAGUGGCCAAGGCACCUGCAGCAGGAGCUAGAGGACGGCAACUUCCGCAGCAAAGAGUACCGCAACGUCCUCAUGCAGAAAUUGCGGGACAGCUGCGAGACCCUCACCAACGAGAUUGUGCAGCUGGGCAACAUUGUGGAUGACUUUGCCCACUUUGGCGACGACGCGCGUGCCGACGUGUACCACGAGCAGGGAAAGGCGCUGGAGCAGCGCAUCAAGGAGUACCAGGGGCAGGUGCAGCUUUACAACAGUCACGAAACACUCUUUGGCCUGCCGCAGUCCAAGUGGCCGCAGCUGAAGGAGAUCCGAAUGCAUCUGGAGCCGUACAACAUCCUGUGGGAGGUUAUUAGCCUCUUCAACAACGAGAGCGAGCGGUGGCUAAACACGCGCCUGUCGGCGUUGGAGCCGUUGGAGGUUGAUCAGCUGUUGAUGGAGUGGUCUAAAAAGAUUGCGAUCAUCUCAAAGAAGAUCAAAGAGGCGGAGCCGAUGGGAGUGCUGAAGCGCAUUCGCGAGAACAUUGCUGCCUUCAAGCCGUACGUCCCGCUGCUCUACGCGCUGCGCAGCAACCUGCAGGGAAGCCACUGGAAGGCCAUCUAUCAAGUAUGUGGGAUGCCGAAGGAGAAGCAAAUUCAAGGCACCAGUGGCGUCGGCUCCAACGAGGGGCGGCCCUUUAACGACUUCAUCAAACUCGGGAUGUUGGACUUUCUGCCGCAGAUUGAGAGCAUCGCCACGGUGGCUCAGAAGUCCUUUGAGUUGGAGAGCGAACUCAUGGCGAUGGAGGUGGAGUGGAAGAAGCUGCUCUUUGACAUGGAACCCUACCAGGACACCCACAAGCUGAAGUCAAACGACAUUAUGCAGUUAACGCUGGAUGAACACAUUCUGAAGACGCAGUCGAUGCUAGGGAAGCCGAUUGUGCGGCAGGCACCGGUACUGCAGGCCCGUGUCUCGCGGUGGGAGACGUUGCUGGACAGGAUUCAGUGCACCAUGGACGAGUGGUUCAAGUGCCAGGGAACGUGGGCCUACCUCGAGCCGAUUUUCUCCUCCGCCGACAUCUCUCGCAGUCUCCCCAAGGAGAAGCAGCUUUUUCUUGCCGUUGACGAGUCCUGGCACAAAAUCAUGGACAUGACCCGCAUGACACCGCAAAUUCUGACGCGGUGCCAAGACGAGACGCUGCUGCGGGUGCUCGCCGAAAACAACAACAAUCUCGACAUUAUUCUCAAGAAACUGCAGCAGUUUCUUGAAACCAAGCGUAUGGCGUUUCCGCGGUUUUACUUUAUCUCCAACGAGGAGCUGCUGCAGAUCUUAUCUGACAGCAAGGAUCCGUACCUUGUGCAGCCCUAUCUUAGCAAGUGCUUUGAGGGCAUCAAGCGCAUUCAGUUUGCUGACGCCCACGACAUUCUUGCGAUGGAGUCCUCGGAGGGGGAAGUGGUGCAGUUCAUCCGCAAGGUGAACCCUGGUGACUACCAGAACCUCGUGGAACAGUGGCUACAGGCGCUGGAGAAUGUGAUGCGGGACACAAUUCUUGACCAGCUGCGUCAGGCAACGGGCGACUAUGCCACCCGCAAAAAUCGAACCGAGUUUAUUCGUGCCUGGCCUGGUCAGGUAGUGAUUGCCAUUUGCUCCCUCUACUGGACAAUGGAGGCGACUGAGGCGAUGAGCACGGAGGGCACAGUGGGGCUCACCACGUAUCACGAGAAGUGCGUCGCACAGCUGGAUGAUCUCAUCGUGCUGGUGCGGGAUCGCAAUCUGGCGGCGGUGGAGCGAUGCACGCUUGAGGCACUUGUGGUGGUGGAGGUUCACGGCAAAGAUAUCAUUGCGCAGCUCUCCGAGAAGGGCGUGGAUUCUCCGAGGAGUUUUGACUGGCUGGCCCAACUGCGGUACUACUGGGAGGAGGACCACCUGCACGUGCACCAGAUCAAUGCUUCCCUGCGGUAUGGUUAUGAAUACUUGGGCAACACUGGUCGUCUUGUCAUCACCCCGCUCACGGAUCGCUGCUACCGCACACUCAUUGGCGCGCUGCAUCUCAAUUAUGGUGGGGCGCCGGAGGGUCCUGCGGGGACAGGGAAGACGGAAACCACAAAGGAUCUUGCCAAGGCUCUUGGCAAGUACUGCGUUGUGUACAACUGCUCCGAUCAAAUUACGGCGAAGGACAUGGCUAAGCUCUUUAAGGGCUUAUCUCAGUCUGGUUCUUGGGGCUGCUUUGAUGAGUUUAACCGUAUCGAGAUCCAGGUGCUCUCUGUUAUUGCCCAGCAGGUAGCGGUUAUUCAGGAGGCCAUCAUUCAGAAACGCAACGAGUUUGUUUUUGAUGGGGCACAGAUUCGUCUAGAUCCAGGAUGCGCCAUCUUUAUCACGAUGAACCCCGGCUAUGCCGGUCGUGCGGAGUUGCCAGACAACCUCAAAGCCCUCUUCCGGCCGGUGGCGAUGAUGGUGCCGAACUACGCCAUGAUUGGUGAGAUUCAGCUCUACUCGUACGGGUUUCUACACGGGAAGGAGCUGGCGGAGAAGAUUGUUGCCACCUACCGUCUUUGCUCAGAACAGUUGUCAUCGCAGGAUCACUACGACUAUGGCAUGCGUGCGGUGAAGGCCGUGCUGACAGCGGCGGGGAGACUCAAGCGGACGUACCCGGACGAGGAUGAGAUGGUGCUGAUGCUGCGUUCCAUUCAGGAUGUCAACCUUCCAAAGUUCCUGACGCAGGACGUGGAGCUCUUUAAGGGGAUUGUUUCUGACCUAUUCCCCGGCGUGCAGCUCCCAGAGCCGGAUUAUGCGCACAUGCACGAAGGACUCGUGAAGGUUUGCGAGGUUCGCAACCUGCAGCUCACCAAGUACUUUGAGCUUAAAGUCCGACAAACCUACGAGAUGAUCGUUGUGCGUCACGGUAUGAUGUUGGUUGGGUUUUCCUUUGGUGGUAAGACGAAGAUUCUGCACUGCCUUUCUGAGGCGCUUGGGCUGAUGGAGGCCUUUGGGAAGGAGCGGCGCACGCGCCUCAUCACGAUGAAUCCAAAGUCAGUGACAAUGCCGCAGCUGUACGGCAAAGUGGAGGCCUCAGGGGAGUGGACGGACGGUAUCUUGCCGCACAACUUUAGGCGCGCUGCUCAGGACACCUCGACGGACCGCAAGUGGCUUGUGCUGGACGGCCCUGUUGACGCGGUGUGGAUUGAGAACAUGAACACCGUCCUCGACGACAACAAGAAGCUUUGCCUGCAGAACGGUGACAUCAUUCCCAUGUCGAAGGAGAUGAACCUCAUCUUCGAGGUGCAGGACCUGGCGUACGCCUCCCCCGCCACGGUCUCCCGGUGCGGCAUGGUGUACGUGGAGCCUGACUCGCUUGGGUGGCACUGCCUGCUGGACUCAUACUUUAACACUCUGCCAGAGGCGCUUCGUCUAGAGCCAACCCUCAUGACAGCGCUGCACUCCCUCGUGGAGGUCUUUUUGCCGCCCAUGCUUGAAGUGGCGCGAAAACACGUCAAGUCUGUGAUUCCACAGGGGUCUCUGGUUGCCAUCUCAGGCUUUAUUAAAUUUUUCUCUGCGUUUGCCAGUGAGUUGGACGUGGACAAGGACACGCCUGCCGCCGACACUUACACAGAGGUGCGGACGCUGCUCAUGAAGGUAGAGGGCUGGUUCCUCUUCUCGCUUGUCUGGUCUGUCGGCGGCUGUCUCUUUACGAAGGACCGGAUCACUUUCAACGCGGCGCUGCACGCGGAGGUGGCCACGGCGGCCGCCUCGGGCUUGUACAAAUUUACACUUCCGCUCAUUGACAACAAACGCUCCUUCUUUGACGUUCGCCUGGAGACCGAAGGCGAGCUCCGCUUCACCCAGUGGUCUGACUACGUGCCUGAGUUUGCGAUUGACGAGGGCUUAGAGUACCAAGACAUCAUUGUCCCCACCAGUGCACAGACGCGGUACAACUACCUGACAACAUUGAUGAUUGGUGCCAUGCACCCCCUUCUGCUCGUAGGCGACACUGGCACCGGCAAGACAAUCAUGAUGAAGUCGCUGCUGAAGGGGCUCCCCGAGGACACAUACUCCAAUAACUUGAUUCAAUUCUCCGCAAAGACGACGGCAGGGCAGUUGCAGCGGCUUAUCGACGGCAGUUUGGAGAAGCGCCGUAAGUGCGUCUACGGCCCCCCCAUCAACAAGAAGAUGAUGAUCUUUGUCGACGACACGAAUCUGCCGCAGUUGGAGGAGUACGGCGCCCAGCCGCCUAUUGAGCUGCUGCGCCAGUACCUAGACCACGGGGGAUGGUACAAUCACACCAAAGACGGCAUCGACUUCCACCGCCUGGUGGACAUCCUCCUUUUGUGCGCCAUGGGACCUGCUGGCGGUGGGAGGAACCACGUGACGCAGCGCUUUACUCGCCACUUCAACUCCAUUGCCGUUCCCGCCUUUGAUGAGGUGACGCUGCGAAAGAUAUUUGGCACCCUUUCCGAUUGGAUUCUAAGCAAAGGCUUCCCCACCUCGCUGCGAAGCAUGAGUUCUGCGCUGGUGGGUGCAACGAUUGGUCUCUACGAGACGCUGGUGGAGAACCUGAAGCCGUCCCCGGAGAAGUCUCACUACACCUUCAAUAUGCGGGACGUUAGCAAGGUGUUUCAGGGCAUUGAUAUGGCCAACCCAGCUAAGAUUGUGGACGAGCGCACGCUAUCAAAUUUGUGGAUUCACGAGGUGUCACGCGCCUUCGCCGACCGCUUUAUCGAUGAGAAGGACACCAAAUGGUUUCUUGGCGAGGCGGGUAAGUUGUCCAUAAAACACUUCAAACUCGCACCGGACAAUCUCCAGGACUUGGAGAACCCAACGCUCUUCUCCACCUUCAUGAACGAUGACGGACACUACGAGGAGCUUCCAAACCUGGUGGAGGCCCGAAAAUCACUGGAAAAUAGGUUGGAUGCGUACAACUUGGGCACAAACUCGGGCACGCUGGACCUCGUGGUCUUCAACUACGUCCUGGUGCACGUAUCACGCAUCUGCCGCGUGCUACGACAGCCGGGAGGAAAUCUUCUUCUUGUUGGCGUCGGCGGAAGUGGACGGCGCAGCUGCGCCAAGGUUGCCGCCUACCUGCAAGAGUGCGACUACAUGACCAUCACACAGACAAAGGACUACGACCACAAUAGUUUCCUGGACGACAUCAGAGCAUUUCUGCUUCGCACGGGCAUGAACGGCUAUGCAACCAUGUUUGUGUUGGCUGACACGCAAAUUUCUUCCGAGAGUUUUCUGGAAGACGUCUGUGGCCUCCUCAAUGCCGGCGAGAUCCCUGGGAUCUGGGACACGAAGCAAGACAAGGAGACCUACGAAAAUGCGGUGGCAUCGCUGCGUGAAAAGGGAAAGGAGCUCGGACGCCCUGACACUGUGGAGGCGCUUCGAGCGCUAUUUGUUGAACGCUGCAAGAAGUUUAUGCACAUUGCCCUUUGCUUUUCGCCGCUGGGCAGCGUCUUGCGGGAGCGGCUGCGGAAGUUUCCCUCCUUGGUGAACUGCAGCACCAUCGACUGGUUCCGCGAGUGGCCGGAGGAUGGUCUGCGCUCGGUUGCUGCGCGGUUUAUUUCACGGGUCGAUCUCACCGACCAUGAGCGCCGCGCCGCAGAGGACAUGUUCGUCGCCUACCAGCAGCAGGUGCGGGACCUGGGGAGGACAUACCUGGCAGAGAUGCGGCAGCACACGUAUGUGACGCCUACCUCCUACAUGGACCUGCUCUCCACCUUCGAACGUCUGCUGGAGGAGAAACGCACGGAGCUGACGGCCAUGAUGCAUCGCUACGCCAGUGGUCUGACGCAGCUGAAGAAGACGGAGGAUGAAGUAGAGGUGAUGCAGCAGGAACUGGCACGCAUGCGACCGGAGCUGGCGAAGAAGCAGGCGGAGACUGACGCGCUGAUCAAGGAGGUGGAAAUGGAGAGCAAACUGGCAGAGGAGCAGCGUGCCGUGGUCGCCGUUGAUGAGGAGGCGGCAAACGAGCAGGCGGCAGCGGCGAAGGAAAUAAAAGACGCCUCGCAAAAGAAGGUGGAUGAAGCGCAGCCACUAGUGGAGCAGGCACAGCGUGCUGUGCUUGAUCUUGACCCAAAGGCACUGCAGGAAAUCAAGGCCCUUAAGACGCCCCCGCAAGGCGUGAAGUACGUUAUUGAGGUCCUCUGCACGUUACUGGGAGGCGUAUACAAGCCGAAGCUGGUGCGUGACCCGCUCACUGGCAGCGUCACCAUCCCGUACUGGGAGCACGCGAAGGUCACUCUACUCACAGGUGAGUUUAAGAACACGCUGCUGAACGCUUACCCGGUGAUUGUCGACACGGCACCCAACGAGCAAAUUGAAGAGGUGAAGAAGAAAAUGACAAACGACAUGUUUAAGAAUGAAAAUAUCAAAAAGACCUCGGUGGCCCUGCUCGGUGUUGCGACGUACAUUCGGGCUGUGGUGGAGUACUACAAGCAGAAUAAGAUCAUUAAACCACUGCUGGCCCAGGCGGCGGCGGCGCAGCAGGCGUACGACACAGCGAUGGAGAGUCUGAACAAGAAGAAGGAGGAGCUGCGCGUCAUCAACGAAAAGCUUGCGAAGCUUACAAGUCAUCUUGACAAUGUGAAGAAGGACAAGCAGGAGUUGGAGAAUAAGGUGAAUGACACGGACGUCAAGCUGACGCGCGCGAAGAAACUUAUUGAGGGCCUCGGUGGGGAGAAGGCUCGCUUUGCAAAGGAAAGCGAGCGGUUUGAGGACGAGUUAAUGUAUGUGGUGGGAAACGUAUUGGUCAGUGCCGGUGUCGUGGCAUACAUGGGGCCCUUCCUGCAUAAGUACCGUGCAAAGGCAAUACAGGGCUGGUUGGACAUGUGCAGAAGGCAUGACAUAAAGGUUUCCGCGGACUACGCCCUGGCAAAGUUUGUUGGGUCGCCCAUUGACAUUCAGACCUGGAGACUGCAGCAGUUGCCGUCAGAUGGGUUUUCCACCGACAAUGCCGUCAUCGUGAAAAGCUCCCACCGUUGGCCACUCUUUGUGGACCCACAGCAGCAGGCUAACAACUGGAUUCGCAACAUGGAGCGGGACAACGGGCUGGUCGUCACACGGCUCUCCGACUCCGACUGUAUUCGGACCAUCCGCAGCGCCAUCACAGAGGGUCUUCCUGUGCUACUUGAAAACCUUGAGGAGACGAUUGAUCCGAUCCUAGAGAAUGUGUUGCUGAAACGGUUUACAAAGGAGGGUGGCGCCACCGUUGUGCACCUGGGCGAACCCGUUGAGUGGAACGACAAUUUCCGUUUAUACAUGACGACAAAAAUGCCGCGGCCGCACUACCUGCCAGAGGUGAGUACCAAGGUGACGCUUGUCAACUUCAUGAUCACGCAGCAGGGUCUGCAGGAUCAGCUAUUGCAGCGUGUUAUGAUGAGCGAGCGGCGGGAGGUGGAGGAGAAGAAGCAUGCCCUAACGCUUGAGGCCGCAGAGAAUCAGGCCAACCUAAAGCUCACAGAGGAUAAAAUCCUCGCAAUUCUCUCCUCUGAGGGAAAUAUCUUGGAAAGUGAGACGGCCAUUGAGGAGCUGGACAGCUCCAAGGUGCAGAGCGACCAGAUUGCCAAGCGACAGGAGGAGAUUGAGGCCAUGGAACGCAUAAGUGAUCGUACGCGGAGUUUAUUCAUUCCGGUGGCUGGUCUUGGCGCCACCCUGUUCUUUUGUGUGACGGAGCUGGCAAACAUUGAUCCCAUGUACCAAAACUCACUGAAUGCAUACAUCACUAUCUUUCAGGAGUCGCUGCAGCAGAGUGAGAGAUCGGAUGAGGUGGACAUCCGCAUAGAAAACAUUCGUAUCACCUUUCAGAGGUCGUUGUACACGCGGAUUUGCCGCUCGUUGUUUGCACGGGAUCAGCUCUUGUUUUCCUUCACAAUGUGCCUAAAGCUUCACGAUGUGGAUGCCGAGCAGUUGCGUUGGUUGCUAAUGGGUGGGUUUGAGUCCGACGAUGAUGCCUUAUCGCAUAAUCCGUUUGAUUCAUGGCUCCCGGAACACAACUGGAAGCUACUGUGGCGCGCCAGCACCCAACUCCCCGUACUGGCAGACUUUGUCAAGAUGGUAAAAGAGCAUGAGAGCUUUUUCGCUGCCUUCUAUGACGCACCCGACCCAUUGGAGGUGGAUCCACCGACCCCGAUAGGGGAUAAGUUUUGCGGUUUGUUGCAGCUUAUUCUCGUACGCUGCUUUCGCCCCGACAAGAUUGUGCCGGCUGUAACGGACUAUGUGCGUGAUUUCCUGGGCAGCUACUUUGUUGAACCGCCACUCUACGCCUUGGAGGACGUCGUCGAUGAACUUGCCCAUGACCCGUCUGUUCCGCUCGUUCUUGUGCUCUCGCCUGGCGCGGAUCCGAGCCUGGAGUUGGACCGCCUUGCCGAGCAGCGGGGCAUGAGUAGUCGCCUGUAUAAGUUGUCGCUUGGGCAGGGGCAGGGCAUAUUUGCGCGGCAGCUUAUCGAGGAGGGGGUGCAUGCGGGGCACUGGGUGUUCCUGCAGAACUGUCACUUGUAUCAAGACUUCAUGCCCGAACUCUCACGUAUCGUUGAAAACUACAGCGACAGUGGGGCAAAGGCCAUGUUGAACAAUCAGUACCGCCUGUGGCUCACCUCCCUUCCAAGUGAGACGUUUCCCAUCUCCAUCCUGCAGAACGGCGUCAAGUUGGUGCAGGAGCCCCCGAAGGGCCUUAAAAACAAUCUCCUGCAGUCUUACAUGUCAAAUCCUGUGGCAGACCCACAAUUCUUUAAUUCCUCGCAGAAGCCCUCCGUCUGGCGGAAGAUGUUGUUUGGGCUUUGCUUUUUUCACGCUGUAGUGCAGGAACGUCGGCAGUUUGGACCGCUUGGGUGGAACCGAAUGUACGAGUUUAAUGAUACCGAUCGCCGUAUCAGCGUGCGGCAGCUCAACAUGUUUCUUAACGAAAACGAGGAGGUGCCGUACGACGCCUUGUUAUACCUCACUGGCCAAUGCAAUUAUGGCGGCCGUGUCACGGACGACUGGGACCGCCGCUGCAUCGUGGCCACCCUCUCGCUCUAUUUGACGCCGCUGAUCCUGGAGGAUGACUACGUGUUUUUCCCCGACGCUCCCGACUACUAUGCCCCGCCCUUUGGGGAAUACGACUCGUACGUGGAAUAUAUUCGGGGGCUGCCGUCCCAGCAGCCUCCUGCCAUUUUUGGGCUACACGAGAAUGCUGACAUCACCAAGGAAGAGCGGGAGACACGACUUCUUCUCGAGGCCACGCUCCUGACGCAGCCGCGUGAGUCCACGGGUACAGAGUCGAAGCUGGAUCCCAAGACAAUGAUAAGGGAGCAGGCAAACCACGUCCUUUCACGGCUACCAAAGCCAUUUGAUAUUGAAGAGAUACAGCGCACGCACCCAAUUGAUUACUCACAGUCAAUGAACACCGUCUUGUUGCAGGAGGCAAUACGAUACAGACGUCUGCUGUUAGUCGUUCGCCAAACCCUGGCUGACCUGCAGGACGCCAUUAGUGGAAAGGUGGUGAUGAGCGCGGAACUAGAAGAGGUCCUCAACGCCAUGUACGAUGGAAAGGUACCAGACGUCUGGAAGCGACGGUCUUACCCGUCGUUGAAGCCCUUUGGCUCAUACGUGAGUGACUUGAUUGAGCGUCUAGGGUUUCUGCAAAAGUGGUGUGACGAGGGUCCACCACCAAUGUUUUGGAUUAGUGGCUUUUUCUUUACACAGUCGUUUUUGACUGGCGUUAUGCAGAACUACGCGCGCAAGUGGAAGAUUGCAAUUGACAGACUGGUGUGGAAGUUCUCCGUGCUUGCGGAAGAAACGUGCGUUACCGCCCCCGAGGACGGCUGCUGCAUCGGCGGCCUAUUCCUGGAGGGUGCGGGGUGGGACCCCACCAACGCCACCAUCUGUGAAAGUAGACCGAAGGAACUUUUUAUAAAAUUCCCCCUCUUGCGGCUACUUCCCUGUCGUCCGCACGAGCUCCCCGACACCCCUGUGUACCACUGCCCCUGCUACAAGACGACUGAUCGUCGUGGUGUCUUGUCCACCACCGGCCACUCCACCAACUUCAUUCUGACCGUCGACCUACCGAGGCACCCAGCGGACUCGGAAAAUCACUGGGUGCUUCGCGGAGUAGCGCUUUUCACGCAGCUUCCCUUCUAG